AUGUCGACACCCGCGACUGAGGCGCGUGAUGCGAAUUGCGCACAGGACUGCACUCGGGGCACCAUGCAGUCCCUUGGACUGCGUGCCGGGCAGACCGUCGAGCAGGUUCAGCAGGCCCUGAACGUGAAUCCCGAGACAUCCAGCCUGUGCAUUGAUGGUCGCCGCCUGCCCGAACAGUCAGAGGCGAAGUUGCAAGAGCUGAUUGACGUCAAAGACACCUCUGAGGUCUGUGUCUGCCCUCGAGUGACGUGGGGGGAGGAGUUUCUCUGCUGUCCCGAAGCAGUGCUUCGCCAGCAGCCUAAGGCCAAACUGGGUUUGGAGAGGUUCCUGACUGUUUGGAUCCUCCUCGCCGCCGGUGCCGGUGUCCUGCUUGGCUACUACACAAGCCUGGACAAGAAGAUCGAGGCGCUGAAAGUCGGGAACACAAAUCUGCUGUCGGCCAUCGGGAUGAUCGCCAUGCUGCUGCCUCCCUUUGCAGCCGUGAAGUACAACGAGUUUUCCUCGGCAGUUCGCCGAAUUCCGAAACGCAUCGCAGUUCUGAGUCUGGUCAUGAACUGGAUUGUGGGUCCUUUCUUGAUGUUAGGCCUCGGCAUGCUGACCCUCUCGCAGCACCCGGACUUGCUGCAAGGAGUUGUCUUCAUCGGUGCCGCUCGGUGCAUCGCCAUGGUGCUGGUUUGGACGUCUUUGGCCGACGGCGACAGCUUUCUCUGCGUCUCCUUGGUGCUCCUGAACUCUUUGAUCACAAUCGUCGGCUAUGCGCCGAUUGUUACAUUGCUCGCAGCAGUCGGGCAAGCUGCCGGCAUUGACAUCGAGGGGAACGUGAGCUUCAUGACUGUCUUCAUCAACGUGGCAAUCUACUUGGGUAUCCCCCUGGCCAUCGGGAUCUUCAUGUGGUCAUGCGGCCACGGCAGGGAGUGGUACUGGAAGCGAUUCUUGCCGCACUUCGCUCCAGUCGGCCUCGUGUCCUUGCUUGUGGUCGUCUUUUUGAUGUUCUGCGAGAUGGCCAAGCCGCUUCUCAACGGCCAAGUGAGCAUAGUGGACGUGCUGUUUGCAGUCAUCCCGCUUCUGCUGUAUUUCAGCAUGAUGUUUGGUUUGUCUUGGGCCUGCUCCAGGGUUUUGAAGCUGGGCUUCGCUGAGACGGUGACCUUAGCCUUUACCGGCGCCAGCAACAACUUCGAGCUCGCGCUCGCCAGUUGCACGGCGAUUUUUGGCACGAGCUCCAACCAGGCCAUCGCGACCGUCUUGGGUCCGCUCAUCGAAAUUCCUGUCAUGCUCCUCAUGGUGAGACUCUCCGGAUGGCUCCGCUUUGAGAAGGAAGUGCAGGGAAGCGAGUCCAGCGACACGGAUGCAAGUUGCAGCCCAAGCAGCAGAAGCUCUUAA